AUGCCUCCUCCAGUUUUCAUCGCGACCAAACCGAUCGACCCCCCAACCCUCGGCCGCAAUAACUACCAAGGCUUCCGAAAUGGCGAGAAAGAAAUCCUUCCUAAGGGUUGGAAUGGCUAUCGAUCGCGUCCCCUGCCAUGUGAUAUCCUAGUUGAGCAUGAUGUUGAGAUUACAGUCCGCGACGGCGCUCGACUUUACUGCGACAUUUACCGAUCCCCUGACAGUGGCCCUCUUAACCAGGUGCCUGCACUUCUCGGUUUCAGCCCUUUCGGCAAAAAGUUCAGUGGUCUUAUGAUGUUGAAUCUGUUUACCCCAUGGAACGUUGGGGUUCCUGAUGGUCACCUCUCCGGACUCGAGAAAUUCGAGGCUCCUGAUCCCGCCGAGUGGAUUCCUCGUGGUUACGCGAUCAUCAGCGCCGAUACCCGGGGUACAGGAGACUCGGACGGCCCAGUGGUAAUUAUGGGGACUCAAGAAGGAGAAGAUGGCUACGAUAUGGUCGAGGCAUUGGCGAAGAUGGACUGGUGCAACGGUGCCGUCGGGAUGGUUGGUAACUCACAUCUCGCCAUCACUCAGUACUUCGUGGCCACUCAGCAACCGCCGUCUCUGAAAGCUAUCGCACCUUGGGAGGCCUGCUCUGAUCUGUUCCGUGAGCAGUUUGGAAGGGGUGGUAUGUGGCAUGGAGACUUCUUCGAUUACAUCUCGAGCGUUUUCAUUCAAGGCCGCCACGGCAUGGAAGACUUUAGAGAAAUGUACAGACGCAGCGGAGGGCUACGCAAUGCUUAUUGGGAUGAUAAGCGCCCUGACCUAUCUAAAAUUACUAUUCCUACCUAUCUGACUGGUAGCUACUCCAGCAAUGUCCAUGUCAUGGGCUCGAUUCGCGGAUGGCUGGAGAUUGCUGCAAAAGAUAAAUGGUUUCGUCUGGGGCCCUGGCAAGAAUGGCACGAUCUUUGGGUUGAAAAGAACUCCACGGAGGAACUUCAGGCUUUCUUUGACCGGUAUCUCAAAGGGAUCGAGAAUGACUGGGAGAGCACACCACGAGUGCGUGUGACGGCCCUGAAAUUCGGUGAGAAAGAUCCGGAGUACAACAUCGUGGUUGAUGACUUUCCCCUCCCUAACACAACCUACCGCGAAUUCUUCUUCUCCAGUAAUAAAAAACUGCUCCUUGAGGCACCCCAAGAAGAAGGUGUCUCUAGCUACGAUUCUACAAGCAUGCAGGGAUCUACCUUCCGACAUGUCUUUGAGGAGACUACCCGCCUCAUUGGUCUUCCCAAAGCCAUUGUGCAUGUCUCCUGCAAUGAGACCGAUGAUAUGGAUGUAUUUGUGAUUAUCAGGAAACUUGACAAAAAUGGCAAGAUUCUUAUGGCACUGAAUGUGCCUUGGUCUAGAGCUCCUGUCAAAGCAAUGGACCAAAUUCAAGAGAAGGAAAAAAGUGACCUGAUUCUUUACCCUGGUCCUGUUGGUAUGUUGCGGGCUUCUCACCGUGAGACUGAACAGUCGAAAUCGAUCCAUCCGCAAUACCCCUUCCAUCCUCAUCAAAGAGAGCUUGCUGUUCCCCGUGGUGAGGUUGUUGAGCUCGAGAUCGGACUAUGGGCCAUGGGUAUUGAUUUUGAGGCUGGAGAAUCACUGGAAGUCCAUGUCCUGGGGCGCAAUCCCACGAUCGCAGCUUUUCAGCCUCUAGUCGGGGUUGGCAAGAGUGGCGUCAAUGAAGGCCAGCACCAUGUUCACUUUGGGCCCCAACACCCCAGCCGAAUUAUUUUACCUUUUGUUUAA